UCUGAGUUGAGUUUUCUCUGCUGCUAAGUAAAGAAGAAAAUACAUACAUAUAGAGAGGAAAGAGAAAACUGGUCUCUCUGUUAGUUUGUUUUUGGUGCUGUGUGUGUUGAGCCGAGUGAUCGUACAAAUCAUCUUCUUUUUGAUUUUUAGUCAGUUAUUAUUAUAUAUACUCUCUCUAACGUUUUACUUGCAUUCAUCGAUUUCUAUAUCUAUUUAAUUAUUAAAAUUUUGAUCGAUUCAAUAUUGUGUUUAAUUUUUGUAUUGGUGUUUUUAGGAAUAGUCAAUCGACUUAACAGAUUUUGAAGUAUAGAGAGACUAAUUAGAAGGCGUGUUGGAUUUUGGGAGAUCACUUUUAGUGUUUGAUCAUUCCAUACAAACAAACCCUAAUUGAUGGCUACCAACCCUAGUUAUACUAUCUCGGAAACCAUCGCCGGUGGUCCCCAGAGCCCACAGCGAUCAUCAACGGCGCGUGGGGAGCAAACCGUUAACUCCUCAGAUUGUUCGCCUACUGAAGAAGGUAGUGCGUCAUCGUUAUCGUUAGAGGAUGGUGCUGCUGAGUUUGAGAGGUCGGAUAGUAAUGUGGGUAAAAAGAGGGUUUGGAAUAAACCGUCAAAUGGUGGAGGUGAUGUUGUUGUUAGUCCAGUUAUGGAUGCUGUGUCUUGGCCUGCUCUCUCUGAGUCCACUACUAAGCCUUCGCCUAAAUCACCUUCAACUGAUUCACUCAAAACUCUCUUCGACGGAUCACAGGGCACGGGGAUGACAUCAGCUUCUCUUAGGCAAGCUAAUACUAACAAUGUGAACCCUAAUACAAUGCCGAACCAUGUUGUGCCCAGCCGCCAAAGGUCUAUGAAGCGCGGUGGUGGUAAUUCGAACCAUAAUGCUUCAGCAAAUGGUGGCUUUUCUCAGAAACAGGCACAGGGUUUUGAGGGGGAAAUAGGCCUUAAUAAUUCUGGAAAGUCAGGUAAUUCUGGUGUGGAGUCUUCUUCAAGGGAUAAUAGUCAUAGGGAUGGUGGACAUUGGGGAGGAUCUGGAUCUCAAUCACAUGGUGGAAAUGACCACCAACAUCAACGAAAUUCAAAUAGGAGAGGCAAUGUUGGUCCACACCCCCGUGGAGAUGGCACAUAUCAUCAUGGUUAUGGGGGUAGGCGUGAUCAGGAACGCCGAAAUCAGGAUUGGAAACCCCACAGAGGUUGGGGGAAUAGGGAUGCACACAUGCAGCCGCAGAGAGGUCCAGCUAGGCCAUUUAUGGGGGGCCUACCUCAUACAUCUCCACCUUUUAUACCUGCACCCGUGCCUAUGCAGCCCUACCGAACUCCCAUGGUUUACUCUGAAGUUCCACCAGUAUUUUAUUUUCCAGGUCCUUUCCCUGAUUCACUCAGAGUGCCUAUGUUUCCUCCUGGGCCGCCUGUCUUCUUUCAUGUUCCAGAUACCCAGUUGCAUACUAGAAUAGUGAACCAGAUAGAUUAUUAUUUCAGUAAUGAGAAUUUAAUUAAGGACACAUUCUUGCGACAGAACAUGGACGAACAUGGAUGGGUUCCCAUUACGCUAAUAGCAGGCUUCAAGAAAGUGAUGGAGCUGACAGAUAAUAUACAACUAAUACUGAAUGCUUUAAGGUCGUCUACUGUUCUGGAAGUGCAGGGUGAAAAGCUAAGGCGGAGAAAUGACUGGUCUAAUUGGCUCAUGCCGGCAUCAGUUCAGAAUUCAACCGUGUCAAGUCCUCAAUCUCUACAAAAGUCUAGUCCUGAUUUACUAGUAGAAAAUCUCCAACGUGUUGCAUUUGAUGAUAUGAAUAUAAGACAUGGAAAUGCCGAAGCACAUCUUAGUGGAUCAUCAUCUGUUGAAUUAAGUACUCUAUCUCAGCAGUUUGGCAAUGAGAUGGCCGGACAAGCUGGUGCUCAGCAUUCGCAGCCAAUGCCAGUUGGAAAUCCAAGUUAAACUGUUCUGUGGUGGAGUGAAGAGUGAAGCCCAAGAGUUGGUAGCUAUCGUGCUUCUUCGAGCAAUCAAUGAGUUUUGUCUUUAUUGUUGCUGAUGGCAAUGACGUCAUGAAGGAAAAUAGACAGGGAAUAAAAGUAACAGAAUUGGGAAUAGAAUUAUACUGUGUCUUUUAAGCUGGCAGCUUGUUUUUGUUGGGAUGUAUAUUUUGUUUUGUUGGGGAUAAGUAUUUUCUUUUCCUUUUAUGUUAUGUUGUUCCUCUGUCAUGAUUAUUUGUUAUACAGGCAUGGGGAGUUUUGAUUCUACUUCCCCAUGCAGCCCCUCAGCUUUAUUGUUUUUGACCAAAAUCUUUGGGGCUAGGUCACUUAUCUUCAAAGGAGGUAAAGCUUACUGAAAGGUAUGAAGUUGCUAGCUUCUGAUUUUCUGUCUUGCUGAAAAGCAGGGAGACUGGUCAUUGCUGGAUGUGCUGCAAUGCUGUGAAGACCCUUGUGCUGGCCCUGGGCACGUGAUUAUCUUGUUAUUGCAUUUCUGCUUGUUUCAAACAUUGAACGAUUGACUCUUUUUAUAUGUAUACCUUUUCAAAAAGAGGCAUUUGUUGCCCUUGCAGAAUUUAAUAAGUAUCUUUAUGCUUGUUUGUGAUA